AGGUCCAUCACUGUGUCUCUGGGCUUGACCGUCAGGGGCAUCAUCAGGUCCUCAUCAGCCAGGUGCACCUUAAUGUGGUACCUCUUCCAGCGAGAAAGGCUCCUUCGCAGCGUGUCCAUCCUUUCCAGCUCACCAAGGCCAGUGUGGCAGAGAGGAGCAUCCAGCUGGGAGAUCCCUGCCUAAUUGAAGGGCUGGUUGUAUCCUCCUUUAACACGUGAGCGGGAACAGCAUGAUGGGGCUGCAGGCACGCUACACAAACAGGUGGCAACAGAGGCCUCAGAAUACCAAGAGGAACAUGCAAUACUUUAGUAAAUACAACGAUACCUCCGAAAGGAAGGAAGCGAUGCCAGCCACGGGAGCUGGCUGUAAUUGAAUGAUCCUGCAAGGCAGACUCUGGCAGUCACAAGAUGAUACUUCAGAGCAAACAUCAUCAAGAUAAGGAAGUCUUUUUUUUUUUUUUUCCUCAAAAAGAUCAAGUCACCCUCUUAUCUUGUAGGUAAUUUCCUGCAGCCCAUAUUACAGGAAUUAAUUCCCUUGUCCAUUCUUCUCAACACAGACCAGCAUUUUCAGACCAAAGUACUGCAAGAUAGUUGACUUCAGAGUCUGCUCUUCACUAAAAAGGGGCUGCUCUUCCCCGUUAGAUAACAAAAUAAACUGUCAGAUUUUCAGAUAUGGCAGCAGUCAGCUCCCAUUGAGAACAAGAGAUGUCCACUCUCCCACUGAGAAACAAGGAGGUUUCCACCCUGUCUUCAUGACUCCCUUCUUUUUCCCUCCCCAGCACAUUAUGUCUCUGCCAAGAACAGCAGCAAAUAUCUUCAGUUACACCACAGGCAAUGGAGAUUUCCCUGUGCACUUGAGAAGAACUGAAGUUUCUGCUAGCAAGAUUUUCUUUCCAGACUCAGUCACUGUAAAGCAAAAAUGGAAGCUAUCAAGAAAAAGAUGCAGAUGUUGAAGUUGGACAAGGAGAAUGCCAUUGACAGAGCAGAGCAGGCUGAAACGGAUAAGAAGGCAGCUGAGGACAAAUGCAAACAGGUAGAGGAUGAGCUGGUAGCUCUGCAGAAAAAGUUGAAAGGAACCGAAGAUGAGCUGGAUAAGUACUCGGAGGCUCUCAAAGAUGCCCAGGAAAAACUAGAGCAGGCUGAAAAGAAGGCCACUGAUGCUGAAGGUGAGGUGGCAGCUCUGAACAGACGUAUCCAGCUAGUGGAAGAGGAGUUGGAUCGUGCCCAAGAACGGCUGGCCACAGCCUUGCAGAAACUGGAGGAGGCUGAGAAAGCAGCGGAUGAGAGUGAGAGAGGAAUGAAGGUUAUUGAGAACAGAGCAAUGAAAGAUGAAGAGAAAAUGGAAAUUCAGGAAAUGCAACUGAAGGAGGCUAAGCAUAUUGCUGAAGAAGCUGACCGCAAAUAUGAAGAGGUUGCCCGUAAACUGGUUAUUUUGGAGGGUGAACUGGAAAGAGCUGAAGAGCGUGCAGAGGUGUCUGAAGUUAAAUGUAGUGACCUUGAAGAGGAGUUAAAGAACGUCACUAACAACCUGAAGUCCUUGGAAGCUCAGUCUGAAAAGUACUCGGAAAAAGAAGAUAAAUAUGAAGAAGAAAUCAAGAUUCUCUCUGACAAGCUGAAAGAAGCUGAAACUCGUGCUGAAUUUGCGGAGAGAACAGUUGCCAAACUGGAAAAGUCUAUUGAUGACCUGGAAGAAAAACUUGCUCAAGCGAAAGAAGAGAACUUGGGGUUGCAUCAGACACUGGACCAGACGCUAAACGAACUGAACUGUAUAUGAGAUGGCGAAGAACCCCAGCGGCCAACAGGAACUGAAGACUCCGUCUGCAUUUACCGUAUCGUCCCUCUCUCUCUCUCGCUCUGUCUCCUGGAAAAAACCGAUUAAGUUAUGACCAGUACAGACGCGCGUAAGGCUCUGGCGUGACUCGAAGGCCGUCGCGCACCUCUUGACGCCAGCAGCGCCGGCCCCGGGCCCCUCCAGGGCACCCUCCUCCCGCCGCGCGCGGGAGAGCGCGAGCCGCGCCCAGGGCGGCGGGAGCCGCCCUCGUUUUUCAUUUCCGCGGGUUAUCGAUAGCGCGGCUGUAGCUUUUCCUCACGGUUGAUUAGUCAUUUUUAUAUAAACCCCGGUAGCAGCUGUACCCCAGCAGUAGUGUCGCCCUCCGCCGGCAGCCUGUUAGCGACGUUUCAUAUUAAACAAUUUCUCACGGUA